UGGGCCACGGGGUGGCUUGAGACCGGAGCCUCCGCCACGGCGGCGAUCGUGGAGGGAGAGACAUGAAGCCCUAGCGCCCGCGCUGCCCCGCGUUUCAGGAUGGCUGCCCAGCGGAUCCGCGCCGCCAACUCCAGCGUCCUCCCUCGGUGCAAGUCGGAGGGGACCCUGAUUGACCUGAGCGAGGGCUUUUCAGAAACGAGCUUUAAUGAUGUCAAAGUGCCUUCUCCCAGUGCCUUGCUAGUCGACGACCCCACGCCUUUUGGAAACGCAAAGGAAGUGAUUGCGAUCAAGGACUACUGCCCAACCAACUUCACCACCCUGAAGUUCUCCAAGGGCGACCAUCUCUACGUCUUGGAUACGUCGGGUGGGGAAUGGUGGUACGCGCACAACACCACCGAAAUGGGCUACAUCCCUUCCUCCUACGUGCAGCCCUUAAACUACCGGAACUCGACCCUGAGCGACAGUGGUAUGAUUGACAAUCUUCCGGACAGCCCAGACGAAGUCGCCAAGGAGCUGGAUCUUCUUGGGGCAUGGACAGAUGACCAGAAAGGAUCCGGUAAAGCCUACAGUAAUAACCCUUUCUGGAACGGGGUCCACACGAACCCCUUUCUCAACGGGAACAUGCCACCCAGCCUGGACGAAUCGAAUCCUAAAAAUACCGUGGAUCUGCUGCUGUUCGAUACCGCGUCCUCGUUCACCGAAUCCAGCUCGGCUACCACCAACAGCACCGGCAACAUCUUUGACGAGCUCCCCGCCACGAACGGGUUCCAGGCGGAGCAGCCGGCGAAGCGGGACAACCCGUUCUUCCGGAGCAAACGCUCCUACAGUCUGUCAGAGCUCUCCGUCCUGCAAGCCAAGUCCGACGUGCCCACGGCCUCGGGUUUCUUCACGGGCUUGAAGUCGCCUGCUCCCGAGCAGUUCCAGAGCCGGGAAGACUUCCGCGCCGCCUGGCUGAACCACCGCAAGCUAGCCCGCUCCUGCCACGACCUGGACCUCCUCGGCCAGAGCCCCGGCUGGGGCCAGACCCAGGCGGUGGAGACCGGCAUCGUGUGCAAGCUGGAUAGCUCGGGGGGCGCCGUGCAGCUCCCCGACACCAGCAUCAGCGUCCACGUGCCCGAGGGCCACGUGGCCCCCGGGGAGACGCAGCAGAUCUCCCUGCGGGCCCUGCUGGACCCCCCGCUGGAGCUCAACAGCGACCGCUCCAGCAGCGUCAGCCCCGUGGUGGAGGUGAAGCUGAGCAACCUCGAGGUGCGCACCUUCCUCAUCCUGGAGAUGAAGGUGUCCGCCGAGGUGAAGAGCGACGUCUUCAGCAGGAGCGCGGUGGGCCUGCGCUGCCUGAGGAGCGACGCCAAGGAGGGGCCGUACGCGGCCAUCCCCCUGGCCUACAGCCACGGGGACACCGUGCAGGUGCACCUGGACAGCCUGGAGCCCUGCAUGUACCUGGCCGUCGUGGCCCACGGCCCCAGCAUCCUCUACCCGUCCUCCGUGUGGGACUUCAUCCACAAGAGGGUCACCGUGGGGCUCUACGGGCCCAAGCACAUCCACCCCUCCUUCAAGACGGUGGUGACCAUUUUCGGGCACGACUGCGCCCCCAAGACCCUGUUGGUGAGCGAGGUCACCCGGCAGGCCCCCGGCCCCGCCCCGGCGGCGCUCCAGCUGUGGGGCAAGCACCAGUUCGUCCUGCCCCGGCCCCAGGACCUCCGCGUGUGCAUGUUCUCCAACAUGACCAACUACGAGGUGCGGGCGGGCGAGCAGGCCAAGGUGGUGCGGGGCUUCCAGAUGAAGCUGGGCAAGGUGAGCCGCCUGGUGUUCCCCAUCGCCUCCCAGAACCCGGCCGAGCUGUCCGACUUCACCCUGCGGGUGCAGCUGAAGGACGACCAGGAGGCCAUCCUCACGCAGUUCUGCGUGCAGACGCCCCAGCCCCCCCCCAAAAGCGCCGUCAAGCCGUCCGGCCAGCGGCGCUUCCUCAAGAAGAACGAGGUGGGGAAGAUCGUCCUGUCCCCCUUCGCGGCCACCGCCAAGUACCCGACCUUCCAGGACCGCCCCGUCUGCAGCCUCAAGUUCGGCAAGCUGCUCAAGACGGUGGUCCGGCAGAACAAGAACCACUACCUGUUGGAGUACAAGAAGGGCGACGCGGUGGCGCUGCUCAGCGAGGAGCGCAUCAGGCUCAAGGGGCAGCUGUGGACCAAGGAGUGGUACAUCGGCUACUACCAGGGCAAGGUGGGCCUGGUGCACGCCAAGAACGUGCUGGUGGUGGGCAAGGCCAGGCCCAGCCUGCUGCCGGGGCCCGAGCUGAGCACGUCGGUGCUGCUGGAGCAGAUCCUCCGGCCCUGCAAGUUCCUCACCUACAUCUACGCCUCGGUGCGCACCCUGCUCAUGGAGAACAUCAGCAGCUGGCGCGCCUUCGCCGACGCCCUGGGCUACGCCAGCCUGCCGCUCACCUUCUUCUGCCGGGCGGAUCUGGACAGCGAGCCCGAGCGGGUGGCCUCCGUCCUGGAGAAGCUGAAGGAGGACUGUAACAACCCCGACCACAGAGACCGCAAGUCCUUCCAGAAAGAGCUCGUGAUGGCCUUACUGAAAAUGGACUGCCAGGGCCUGGUGGUGAGACUCAUCCAGGACUUCGUGCUCCUGACCACGGCCGUGGAGGUGGCCCAGCGCUGGAGGGAGCUGGCCGAGAAGCUCGCCAAGGUCUCCAAGCAGCAGAUGGAUGCGUACGAGUCUCCCCACCGGGACAGGAACGGGGUUGUGGACAGUGAGGCCAUGUGGAAACCUGCCUAUGACUUCUUGCUCACCUGGAGCCAUCAGAUCGGGGACAGCUACCGCGAUGUCAUCCAGGAGCUGCACACCGGGCUGGACAGGAUGAAGAACCCCAUCACCAAGCGCUGGAAGCACCUCACCGGGACCCUCAUCCUGGUGAACUCGCUGGACAUCCUGCGGGCCGCCGCCUUCAGCCCCGCCGACCACGACGACUUCGUGAUCUGAGCGGGGCCUCCGUCCUCCCGCCCGCCCGCCCUCCACCCUGAGCGCCCCCCGACCGGCCAUGCCUGCCACCCAGGGGCUGCCCCCCGCCCCGGGGGGGAGGGGGAGGGGGUUCUUUGGGUUCCUUGCCAAUCAGAUAGCUUUCUAUUUGUUGACAUGUACAUUUCAAGUUAAAAACCUUUUUUUUAAAAAAAAAAAGAAAAAGACUGAGGAGGGGAACAUGAGGAAAAUGGUAUCUGAUUUUGUAACGGACCAUAAACUUCAUAGGAGCAGAUGCUGUGGGGGUUUUUCUGUGGUUCAAAGACUUUUUUUUUUUAAAUCAUGUGACAGGUGUUGUACAUAGGUAUUUAAAGGCCACGGGGCAUUUCCGAUUCCCAGUCGUUCUCCACGUGUCCACGCUCGGCCCAGAAAGCACUGUUCGGUGUGGGUCCCUUUGUGCCAUCUGGCCGCGGGAAGGCGAGGCCGGCAGGCCGCCCGUGGGCCCCUCCUUCCUCCCUGGGGCUCCUGGGGGACACGGCAGGCUCUGAGUGCGAGGUCGCCCCGCAGUGGCAGGCUGGCCCCCGGGUGUUGGCGCCCGCCCGUAGCUUAGAAAGCAGCUCAACCUGCCCUUCUUUCUGGCCCGGCCUCCUCUGUGUGCCGUUUGUCAUUCAGAAGAGUGACACGUGGCUACCUAGGGCCCUGCCCCCCCCCACCCCACCCCCGGGGUGCCUCCUGCCUAGCGAGCCUCCCCAGCGGGCGGGAAGAAAGCCGCAGGCUUCCAAGCAACCCCAGGUGCUGGCGGGCACGAGUACCAGCUGCUCUUUGCCAAAUUCCACAUUCCACUUCAUCUCAGAUGGGACCCUUCCUCCUUCCUGGUGCUCCCAGGCCGCCUUGGGGAUAAAUGGUAGAGGGGACGCUCGCUAGAUCUGGGUACGGUGGCAGGAUCGGAGGGAGCAGGUUCUGCAAGCGACAUCGCACUGUGUGUGAAGUCGGGGCGGAGGGCCGGGCCGGCGGCCCUGGGGGCUUCAGCUCAGAGCCCGCUGCACAGGGGUCCGUGGUCGCUUGGGGGGCUGCGGCGUCUCAGAAGGGGACAGGAGGCGGGACUGGCACCUGGCAGACCCCCGGUGAGGCGACCCCGGGAAUGGCCCAGGACACAGGCCGCGUCUCUGAAGGGCUGCUAGGCCCAUUUGGGACCCCUGCGUCUCCUGCCCUUCCGCUGCUUUCUUUGACACACUAGUUGCUUGGUUUAAUCACGGAGCUGACGUGUUAUAGACCUACCAAUCCCAACACUGAGGCCAACGGACUGAAAGUCAACGCGAGGUCUCUCAUGCUGCAGGGACUGAAUCACACGACUUCCCGAUGACCACGUGAAAUCACCGUCCGUUCUGUUUCUCCACUCUUCGUCUUCAUUUUGCCCAGAUAUCACCUCUCAACCUUCUCCCCAAAGAAGAAACAGAACCAGUUGCACCUUAAACCAUGGGUCUUUUUCCUCAGGGCUUAACAUAGUUUCCUAUGCAACAUGUCUUGUAGCACAAAUUAAAUUCUACAAAAGUUGCAGU